AUGUUCGGUAUCCAAACUGACGCCAUCGUCAACGCGGCCAACAAAAAGUUGGAAGCAGGUAUUUUUUUUUCCAUAUUCCCAUCUUAAAAGCUCAUUUCGCUUUUUUCAGGAGGUGGAGUCGACGGCCUCAUGUCUCAACAUUGUGGCCCGCAGCUGCAAAAAGCAAAAAAUGAGAUUGCUAAAGUGUUGCCGAACAAAAAGCUCAAAUCUGCACAAGUUGUAGUAACAGAGGCUUUCUCGCAUGCUCUUGCUGGCGGUCAGUUUUUGAAAUAAUACUGACAUAUGAUUUUUUGAUUUUUUUUUUCAGUGGUGCUUCAUGUUGCUGCUCCACAGAUUCAAGCCGGUCAUUCUCCUACCAGAACCCAAGAAUGUGAACUUCGAUUGUGCUACUACAAUGCACUGGAACAAGCUGAACUUUCAUCGUCCAAAACUGUCACAUUUCCGAUUCUUGGCAUUGGUAUCUAUCAUUGGCCUCAAGAAAUCGGGACGGCUGUUGCGAUACAGUCGAUUUGUGGCUUUUUUGAAACCCAUCCUGGAACAGUAAGAUUACAAUAUUCAAUUAUAAAGCUUGUUGAAUAUUUUUUCAGUGCAUCGAGACAGUCUAUCUGACAAUGAUGUCGAACUCAGUGCUCCAAACUUGUUUGUCCCAUACAAAUCAAGUUUCCGAGCUGGACUGUUCUAGUGUUCAAUCGGCUCGCUCAUUCCGAGAAAUAGUCGAAAAGAAAGCUUUUGCUGUCAAAACGACUUUCUGUCCCAGUUUGGAAGUAGCUUCAUUUGUUGAAACUUGGUCAACACCCUCUGAGAAGCAUGCUCGGAAAAUCAAGGAGUUUCUAAAGAAAAAUGACAAAAUAUUUAUUUAUUUUAGAAGUAUGGUUUUCGGCAAUGACUCCCAAACUUCUAAUUCGAGCAUCGAAUCAGUUCCACCAACUCCAAAAAGCCUGCUCAAAACUGUCAGUAUAUUUAAUAUCAUCUUUGAAAAAUAUUUGUGUUUUUAGGUAAAAGGCAUGUUCACCAAAAAACCGAAGCCAACUCAUACUGUCUCAAAGCCAACGAAUAGUCCACUCAGCCGAACACCAAAAACACCAGAAGAAGAACGAAAAUUUCCAAAAUAUUUUGGCAAAGACGACUCUCAGGAAACACCUAGUCGGAAAAGAAAGACCAACGAUAAAAAAGAGAAGGAACUGGAAGAAGAACGUGAUAAAGCUGCAAAGAUACUAAACUCAAAAACGGCCAGAUGUUCUCUCUUAAAAAGUGCAAUGAAGGAGGAUUGCAAGAAAGAUGUCGUCCAACUGAUCGAAAUUGGGAAUUCGGAAGCCCUCUUGGAAAGCUUGGAAGAAAGAAUCUCUCGAUACGUCAGGAACCAACUCAGCAACUACAAGUUCGAACUUCCUGACCUGACCUUGUUUUUCGAGUGCCUUUUGAGCGUUAUGAGGUUUUAAUUUUAUUUAUUUUUCAAUAUUUAACUUAAUUCGAAUCUUUCAGAGCCGUCCAUUUGCGAUCAACAAUUGAAACGACGGUCAAUAACUUGAAAGGCAACAUCAAAGCCAUUUUGGAGCAGAAAGUCAUAUGCCCAAAAGCUUGUUCGGCGUCGGAAACUGAAGCUCGAACUUUGCUGAGGAUGAACUACCAUGUUUGGGACGAGACUCAACCAUACGAUGGCUUUUGCAAGAUGAACAAGCUUUAUCCUCAACUGUGGGCUGAGUUUGUCGGAAAAGGUAUGAUUUUUUCUGACGUUUUUGAUUUCUUUUUUCUCAAAAAAUUUUUAAAAGUGCAAUUUUAUUCGCUUUUUUCAGUGGUCGUUACUGGAACACAACCGGAAGACGUCGGCUCGCCAAUAAACUCACUCUGUAAAUUUUAAAAUUCUUGAACACCCCUAUUUUUCUAUUCGUUAAUUUGAUGGUAAUUUUCAGCUGAAAAGAAAUCAACGUCGACAACUUGCGAGAAGACGAACCAGACCAAUUGGUUCUGAUGGAAAGAGAAGAGGUUGACGAAGAAAAAGCGAUGAUGAAGCUGAAACUGUGGUGAGAUAAAAUUUUCAAAAAUGCUGAAAGUAUGAAAAUUAAGGUUACUGAGAAAGCUGUUGCCGAAAUGCAUCCGGAAAUCCAGUUGAACAUGGAAGCGUUGGGAAUCUUGAAAAGGACAACUCAUAUCAGACGCUGUGGAGACGACUGCGUGGCUCCUGACACGAAGUUGGUUUUUCAAUUAUAUUUUUACCCUCGAUUUUUGAUUCUCUCUUUCUUUCUCUAGUUCAACUCAUUGUAAUUUUCAGGUUUGCUGCUGACGUUUACCAACGUCUUCUGUGUACAGCAAAGCGCAACCACCGACAAAGCAAGCUUCGAACGCUUAACAGCUGAUGGCAUCGUGCUUGCUUUCAUCUACAAACAUCAAGAUUGCUUUGCUGGGCUGCGCUCAUCCAGAAACGAUUGGUCCUUCUGGAGGUUUUAACGUUGUCGCCGAGAAAGCCGAACUUGGCCUUGAGAAUGGGAAUAUUGAGGUUUGUUCUAUUUUUCUUAAAAAAUUUUUGACAAGUAUAACUUUGACAAAUAAAAAUUAUAGAAAAUGGAAGACGCUCUUUCGCUCGAGCUACCGUCUUUGUGCGUGUGGAGUUUUGUCGGACUUUCAAUAUUCCGACGGAUCAAAGCCGACACUAUGAAGCCGAAACACGUAGAAAAUAUGGUCAAAUUCUCGAGAAUUUGAGAAAGCCAUGGAAAUUCGAGAUUGCCAUUUGCGACAUUUGCAACCAGCUGUCGGCCAACAAAGACAUGUUCAAAGUUUGAAAUAAAUUUAUUUCUCAAUAUUUAUCUGAAAAUUUCAGAGGAAAAAGAAGCUGUGACAAACUUUCUCUCGGAACGGCAGAAGAUGAUUUUCAAAGAAAAGAAGACCUUGACGUCUGUAGAAUGUGCACGAGAGAGUUUCCGAAAAGAAGUAAGCUCGAUUUUUAUCAGUUUCCAUUUGUUUCCCAAGAAAACAAUCGAUUAAAAAUCCUUUCAAAAGCCUAGAUAAUAAAUUAAUUAAUAUGUCUUUGUCUUGGGAAAUAAGCCGUUUCUUGAAAAAUAGAAUUUCCUAAAUAAAAUAAAUAAACUUUUUGUGAAAAAAAAAACUAAAAAAAUGUUUAAGGAUGCCAGCAGCAGCAGAAAUGAACGGAUUGAUGGUCGAAAAAACGCCGGAAGAACUAGAAGGAAUCAAUCAAGUCGAAGUCAACCUGAUCCAGAAAAAUCGACCAAUUCAACCGAUUUUCAAUUUACUGGAUAAAGGAGGAAGGAAGACACAGGUCAAAGGGACAACCGGAGUCAUGGUAGUAGUCCCUGUGCCGCUAGAACGCACAUUCGAACACGUUGCCGAGACACUGCCUUCGGAUUCGAAUCUUCUUCUGCUGGUCAACACUCGCUACGGAAUUUCGAGAAUUGCUCGUCUGCCUAAAAUUUUGAAAGCUCUCAAGUGGCUGAAAGAGCACAGCCCUUUCUACAAGAACAUCAAAAUCGACGAGCAGUUUUCCUUCAGUGACGACCAAGUGCACUUCGACAAAGACGUCGUGACGAAAGACACAACAGCGCUGCUUUCAAAAAACGAUGACUACCUUCUGACGCAAGCCGACAUCGAGUUCCAGCCGAUUCGCGACGUCCAGCCUCCCCCAGUUGAAGGAUUCGCUUUGGACAACUAUUUUCUGAAGUCUCAUCGCUACCAGCCGAUGUCAAACGACGAGAAGAACGUGGAAGCCGAAGCAUUCCCUCAUCUUUUCCCCAGCGGCAAAUUCCAUUUUGGAUACAAUCGGAAGCUCCCGUUGCAGCUAUCGAAGUACACUCGGAGCAAAAUUCGGAACGCUGACAACAAGUUCCGAACCGACGUCCCCUGGGUGUGCUUCAUGUUUGCCAAACGAAUGCAGACGGUUUGUUUAUUUUCAAAUUUGGAAAAAACACCCAAAAAAAAAAUCCCUUUUAAUGAAAAUUGACGAAAAUUUUUUGCAGGAUAUGUUAAACUCGAUGGGAACGCAAGCAAGGAUCUCCAGAAAUAUAUCCAAAACGGAUCUUCUUGGAUUUCUCAACGACGAAAGGAACUCUUCAUCGUUGAAUAG